AUGGUGAUGACCAGGACAGGGCCUUCUUUCCAAGAAGUCGCACUGCGUGUGGGUUCCUGCAAUCUUAAGGCAGACCUUGACCUUGAAAAGUUUGACCCUACCCUCCAUAUAAUUAUUGAGUUUCUAAAAAGUCACCCUAUUCACAAACCCUUGACUAAAUCAAUCGAGUUUCCUUUAAGCAUCAUUCACACAGCAUACUCCAGUGCCAUUUAUGACUCUGAUGAAGAGUACAUCGAGUUCGACAUCAGUAAAGAUAACACUAUCAAACUCUGGAAGGCUGAGUUCCUGGAGGCCAUUGGGCUUCCAGAGAGAAAGGAAAAAAAGACAUUCUAUGAACCCACAAAUGAAGAACUCUUUGAUGUAUUGGAUCAAAUGGGGUAUUUACCUCCAAGGCUUGAAUGGGCCAGAAACUUCUUGAAAGGUAAGCUUCCAGGCAUUUGGCAUUUUUUGGUGCACAUUAUUGUGCGGUGUCUUACAGGAAAGGUUGGAGGAACUAGCACACUAAGUAGGGCUUUUCUUGUACUUCUUUUUGGUAUUUACACUGGGAAGGAAGUGGACUUUGGAACCAUUAUCUGGAAUGAUUUUGCUGGUUGUGUGUUUCCAAGGAAGAAGGAGAUUCCUUGUGCAAGGUUUUGGGCACUUGCACUCCAAAAGUUGCAUACCAAACUGAAUGUUUCAUUACCUGAAGGAGAAGAGAUGUUCACUACUGGUACUGUAUCCGGAUAUGCUAUCCCAGAUCAAGCUGAAUUCGGGAAGGUUGCUCGUCUCCCUGAAGCAAUGCUUCAAUAUAUUGAAAAGAACUCUGAAGUUCUCAUUAGACAUAUAGAGGAAACAGAUCCUCCAGAAACUGGACACCCUAUCCAAUUCGCACAACCAGUUAGGCCUACUGAAGGACAUACUUCAAGUCCUGCACGUAAAAAGCAAAUUGCUUUGAAUGUAAAGAAGACUACUGGUCUUGGAACCAAAAGAAAAUGUGAGAACAUUAUUUCCCCUCAAGCCAAAAGACCUACCAUUGGGUCACAAUCAUCUACCUCUAACAUCUCUUUAUCCUCUGAAGAAGAAGAUGAUGUCUCACAAAAAAAUGGGGAUAUAGCACAUACACCACCCCCUUCCUCUCAAAAGCAGACCCCAGGGAUACACUCACAUAUCAAUCUUGAGGCUACAGAGACAAGUUCUUCUUUCCACACUAUCCAACUUGAGAAGAACUUAUGGGGAUCUCCUGGACAUAAUACUAAGGAUCAAGGACCCCAAGGAAGAGUUUUUGAGCCUAUGCUGAAAUCAAGCUCAAACCCAGGCCAAGAGUCUAGUUCUAUGGCACACCAACCCUUGCAAACAGGGUUCUUUGGAAUUUCCAUUGGUGAGGCAGAGGUGAGAGCGUCAGAGAGUGAGAGUGUAAGGCAAGCAAGAGAUGAACAAGAGAGGCAAAAAAGAGAGCAGAGUGAAAGAGAGGAGAUAUUGAGUGCUGAGCAAGAGAGAUUUUCUCAGAUAUACUACUAUAAUAUAUAUCCGUAUGAGCAAAUGCUAAGAGAGCAGAGAAUAAGAGACGAGAUGGAAAAGGAAGAAUCGAAGAAAGUGAAAGCUGCGAAACAUGCAGAAUAUAGAAAGAAAAGAAAAGAGAUUUUAAUGCAGAAUAAGAGGAAAGAGGAUGAGCUAAAGGCUAAGAUGCAGAGAGAGCAAGAGGAACGAGAGAAAACUGAAGCUCUAAGAGAGGCCGAGGCUAAGAAACAAGAGGAGCGAAAGAAAUUAGUAAGAAUUUUGCGGGAUGAGCAGCUAAAGAGGGAAGAGGAAGAGUGGGCCCGGACUUCUGUCAAACUUCUUAAGCAUGCCAUGUCUUUGGACCCAUCCACAAAGACUGGUAUGGAGUCUGCUCAAGACAUGGAAAAAGACUUUGUGUUUGCUGCUGAUGAUGGACUCAUCCAAGACUCUGAUUCACACUCCAUUAUGGAGACACUCAAACCCUCCAAAUCUACUCUUUUCUUGGCAACUUCAGAAACUGAAAGUCAGGAACUUCCCAACACUCUUCCUACCACAACUGUGGGUACAUCCACACCUCGCAGACGCACUAAAUGGAAGAAGAAGAAGAAGAAGAAAUCCAAAUAUAUCUCCAGGGUGGAGUUUAAUUCCCUCAACCAGAAGCUGUCUCAGGUUCUAGAGGUUGUAAACAAGAUCCCUCCAUCUAAGGAUAAAUUUGUGAGCAAGGAAGAGUUUGGGGAAAUGCAGAAGAUUGUGACAUCCUUAGCCCAAAGGGUUCCUAAUCUUGAGACAAGGGAAAAGACGCUUCGGGAAUCAGUUGUCAAAUCUACUGCAGAUGCUCUGAAGAAAAUGGAGCAGAAGAGGACCAAUGACACAUUUAAGUAUUUGGAUCGGAUGGAUGAGAUGUUGAAAAUGGUGAAGGAAAUUCAACAGUCGUAUGACCACCUCACCAACACUGUGGGCCACCAACAUGGAGAUGAGAUUGUCCGUUUAAGUGAGCAGCUCUGUGAUUAUCGCAACAAAAAUAUAAUUCUUCAGGCUGUUUUGGUUAAAGUAAUACAGUCUGUACAACAACUGCUAAGACCCUGUAAUUUAAGAUUUGAUGAAAUCGUAUUUGCCAUCCAGAAAGUUCAAAAUUCUGUGGAUGUCCUUCCAAAGACUCUGUCCAAUGAUGAGCUAAGCAAACAGGUUCCUCAAUCGUUCCAAAAAGUGUUUGACCUGAUAGACGACUUAAAAGGUUCAAGGUUCGUAGAUGAAGCUGGAGAAGAUGAUAACGUGGUGAUUACAGAAACUUAUCCUUCUCCCAAGAUAGAUGUGGUAUCCAAACCUCAACCACCUCCUCCACCUCCAAACACCACAAUUCCUCCCACUGAAUGUGAGAUUCACGAAUCACCAAAGAUUCCAUCUUCUCCCACUUCAUUUGUCAUGCCUCGUGUCCAAAUCACACCAGAGUUCCCUGAAACCCCCAAAGCUCCCAUCAAUGAUAAAGGCAAAAUGCCUUUGGAGAUUUCUCAAAUGAGUCCGAUGAAAACCUUUCCAGUGUGUGAGAAAGAGAUGAAGGAACACACUAUAACUCUGUGGGUCGAUGACAUCAGACAAUUGAAGGAUGAUGAACUUGUACCCAAACAAACUACAGCUCCUCCCUCCUCCGAUGAAUAUCAGUGGGAUAUACCCAUGUCUCCAAAUGCACGCUAUUAUUCAGUUUUCCCACCACUGCAUCCUCACCUCUCAAGGGAAAUGCAAAUCCCAAUUGAGCUGAACCGACUAGAGGAGUUUUUCAAGGCUCAUGCUCAGCCCCCAAAAGACGUAUGGUCUCUUCGGAGGAUCAUAAGAGUUGUGGGAUAUAAGAAGAGGUCUUUUCAGAAGGAAGACUACUUCAGUUUCGACGUGGUGCGAAGCGAUAACAAAAAAUAUUUCUUCUCCGAAGCCGAUUUUCCUAACCUCAAUCCUAAUGACUUAUACGUGAUUGCCAAACACUUCCAGACCAAACUCCUCACUCAUCAACCUUCCCGAUUUCCUUUUCUCCAAAUCCAGAGAUUUCUAAGGUCUCUGACCUAUGAUCUUGGCAGCAUUGAUGCAGAGCGAUUUGAUAGCUUCGUGGAUAAUCCACCCGAAUAUCUUGAAGGAAUUGAAAACAGACAUCGAGGACCUACCGAGGAUCCUGAACUGGGGAUCAUCUUCUCUAAUGAAAAGGAUAGUCCGAGGCUCUUUUUUAGAUUAAAACAGAAGCAUCGAUGCAAAACGGAGUUCCUUGAAAAGAUGAUAAAUCUUACCUUAAGGUCCAAUGCCUCUGCAGCUUUAAAGGUGAAGAUCAUUGAAGAAUUAGAGUGGUGGGUAGCUGUUCAUAUACGUAUCUUAUCGGCUGAGAUUGGAAGGCAUUCGACCUCACAUCAUGAGUGGGAAGUAUACAGAAUCAAGGAUUUCGACUAACAAGUGAAACAGAAUAUUGUUGAUAAAGUUAGAAGAAGUCGUCUCAUGGGGGUGUAGUAAUGGUGUUUUGUUCUUGAAUCAAGAACAUGGUGAUGGUGGUAUCCUGUUUACUAAUUUUAGUGUUGUUUCUCUUUUGCUACUAUUAAGUAGUCUUUUUGCUCUCUGUCUGGUACAAUAGCAAAAGAGUAAACAUUCUUUGAUGGGAGUGGUUCAUUUCUUGUGGUGUGGUCAUAUAUGUGUGUAUGGGGGUGGGUAAUCAUGGGUUGUUAUUGGUUCAGCAACAGUUGGUGUGGUGGUGGUUGUUACAAUAAUGCAAAUUGUACAGCCCUGGAUUCUAUUGGAUUUGUCUCCCUCCAUAUCUGUAACUGGUGGGAUGUCUAAUGAGUUAUACAACACAAUCACGCAUGUGACAGCCUGACAGGUGGAAUCUAUGAAGGGAGGAGAGCCAAAAGUGGUGGUGAAAUGGAGUCUGCACAAGCUAAAAAUGAAGCAAGCACUCAAAGAUGCUGCCUGGAGCUGUGGUCCCCACUUGAUUUGAAACCUCUGGAUCAAGGGAAACAACAUAUGAGAAAUUGGUGAUAAUCUACGUGGCAAUUUAAUUUUGAUGAAUCGUGUCUUUUAUGUUAUGUGACAUCAUUCCUACAUGGCUGGCAACUUGGAGUUGAACAAAAACUAAAACUUCAGGGACCAAGAAUUCAUCUUCAACAUCACUAUUCACUAGAGUGUAGAGGUGGUGGACGUAAAUAAUGAUGUAUGUGUUUGAGCUCACUCAACCAAAACCAGUUAGUUACUAUUUUCUUUUCUUGCAAGUGGAGCUUGCUGUUACGGC